CAAAUUACAGGAAAUUUGUCUUUUGUCUAGAAUUUAAAGAUUUGAUUUCAACAUCACCGCGGUCUCCGAAAACUUACACAGUGUGGCAACAUAGAAAUAAGACUGGAGAAAGUUUGACGCACAAUUUGACGUUUGGCACGGCACUAAACCCGGAAAAAUAGAUAUUAUGACUACGGAGGAUUUCUAUUUGCGUUACUAUGUUGGCCAUAAAGGCAAGUUUGGCCAUGAGUUUCUGGAGUUCGAAUUUCGGCCGGAUGGUAAACUGCGCUAUGCCAACAACUCGAACUACAAAAACGACACAAUGAUCCGCAAGGAAGCGUUUGUACACCAGUCGGUAAUGGAAGAACUAAAGCGAAUCAUUUUGGAUUCAGAAAUUAUGGCUGAAGAUGAUUCACCAUGGCCACCGCCGGAUCGCGUAGGCAGACAGGAGUUGGAAAUUGUCAUAGGCGAUGAACAUAUCUCCUUUACAACAUCGAAAACUGGUUCGUUAGUCGAUGUGAAUCGUUCAAAAGAUCCCGAAGGACUCCGCUGUUUCUACUAUUUAGUACAGGAUUUAAAGUGUUUGGUAUUUUCACUCAUUGGACUACAUUUCAAAAUUAAGCCAAUAUAAUAGCAGUAGCAUUAAAACUGACAUGUGUUUAUUUAAUUUCCAUUUUGUAUUCGCAAAACUAUAUUAUAACUCAAUUAAAAUGUAAACAUACCUAUAAA